AUUUACUUUCCUAAACAAUGAUAAGACCAAAACAAGAUAAUUAAUAAAUAUUUAUUAAUCAAGACUUUUAAAAAAAAAAAAAUAGCUAAUAGUUAAUACAAUAAUGCCUAAGAGAAAAUGUGUCUUCAAUGAUCGACUGAAAGAAUCAUUUAAAAGUUUUGUUGAUGGCCGUGACGUUAGUGAAGCCAAAUGUAUCGUCUGUGAUUGCUAUGUUUCAGUUGCCAAUAAAGGGUCUUAUGAUUUAAAAGCUCAUUUAGACACAACUAAACAUAAGUCAAGAAUAGCUAGUUCUGCGGUUUCAUCAUCUAACAAUUUAAGUAAUUUUGUUAUUAACAAAAAUACACCUGAAAUUUUGAAAGUUAGUGCAGUGGAGGGUACACUCGCAUUUCAUACAGUUGUACAUCACCAUAGUUUUCGAUCAAUGGAUUGUACGCCUGCAAUCUUACGUUGUAUGUUUGAUGACUCUAAUACUGCUAAAAAAUUAAGUUGUGCACGAACUAAAACUGAAGCAAUUGUAAAUAAUGUACUGGCACCCCAUUCUCUGAAAGUUAUGUUUGAAUGUUUAAAAUGCAUACCUUUUAUUAGUAUUGCUACAGAUGCAAGUAAUCAUGGUAACACAAAAAUGUUUCCAGUUCUUAUUCAAUACUAUGAUUAUUUGAAUGGUGGAAUUAAUGUUAAACUUAUUGAUCUCAAAAAUACAAAAAAUGAAACUUCAGAUACUGUUAGUGAAUUAUUGUUGGAAUCACUGAAUAAAAAUAACAUAAAAAGUAAAUGUGUUGCAUUUGUUGGAGAUAACACUAACACGAAUUUUGGAGGCAUUAAUCGUAAAUCUGGUCAAAACAUAUUUUCCAAACUUAAAUCAAGUGUUAAUAAAAAUUUGCUUGGUAUUGGUUGUCCUGCUCAUAUUUUGCACAAUGCCAUACAUCAUGGUGUGGAUCAAUUUGAUAUGUUUGAUAUUGAAUCAAUAAUUCUUAAAAUUUACAAUUAUUUCUCUAUUUACACAGUUAGAACAGAAUCACUGAAAGACUUUUGUGAGUUUACAGAUAUUACAUACAGAGAACUACUGUAUCACAGCAAAACAAGAUGGUUAAGUUUAUUUCCUGCAAUUAACAGAAUUUUGCAAAUGUUCCCUGCGUUAAAAUCAUAUUUUAUAUCACAAGACCAAACACCUAGGGCACUAUUAAACUUUUUUGAAAAUGAUUUUAGUGAACCAUUUUUACUUUUUGUACAUUCUUUGAUGAGUACUUUUCAUAACAGUUUGGAAAAAAUAGAAAAUGAUAGCAAUUCAAUCUGUGAAGUAAUUAAUAUAGUUGAAAAUAUUUUGACUAGUCUAAAAGGUAGAACAACAGAAAAAUUUAUACCCUUGGCCGUAAAAGCACGUAUAAAACAUUUGAGAGAAAAUGGAGAAGAAAUUGCCUGUGAUAAUUUUAUUGGACAUUGCUUAUGUAUAUAUUCCUCAACAACCAGUUAUUUAGAAAAAUGGACUAUGUCAUUAAUGCAAUUUAAAGUAUUUAAAUGGAUGGACAUUCAGAAAUCUGCUCCAAUAGAUUACAACGAAGUUGAAGAAUGUAUAACUUUCUUAAAGUCCCUAAAUGUUUUUAUUGAUGAUGUACAAUUAUUUGACCAGAUUCAAAACUUAAAAACAUUUAUUAGCAUCCAAGAUGAUACAUAUUUCUUUGAAAAAUCUCCAAAUAAGUUUUUAUUGUUUUUUUCUUCAAAUCAAAACAUAACAAUAUUUUCUGAAAUUUUGAAAAUUGCACAGUUUUUUUUUGCUAUUCCAGGACAUAACGCUAGUACUGAGAGAGUAUUCUCACUUAUAACUAGUCAAUGGACUAAAGAACGCAACCGUUUCUUAUUGGAAAACAUUAAGGGUGUUAUGAUGGUUCAAUUUAAUUUUAAACAUUUUAAAUGUGCUGAUUUUUUUAAAUACUUAAAAGAUCAAAAAAACAAUUAUAUUUUAAAAGAAAUAUCUAGUUCUGACAAGUAUGGACAAGUCAAUUCUAAAUAAUGUUUAAAAGUUUCUAAGGUUGUUUGAAAAGAUUAAAAAUAAAUGUUUUAAAUUUGCGUUUAGUUUUGGUCGAUCAUUUUAAUUUUAUUGUUUCUAAUAGAUAUGUUAGAUUUUUAAUAUGCUGUUUAUUUGUGCUUCAAUCAGCCCACUGAGUAUAAUAAAAUUGUGUUAAAUAAAUAACACAAGUAUGUUUUAUAUAUUAUGAAUAAUUUUAAAGUACAUAUCCAUAAUAUUAGUAAAAAAUAAAAAUGUCCUCUUUUUUUACAAGAGACAUCUGGUCACC